UCCCGCCAAUCCCGUGAGCUCUUGUUUCGGUGUGGGCACUCAGCAGCCGUUCCCUCUCCUGCCCCCCGGCCCUGGGCUGUAGCCGUGGCUGCCGCCGCUCUGCUCCGCUCGGGCGGUCUGAGCCCUCUGGCAGCCUGGCCCUGAGUGGGAGGCACUGAGGAUGAGUCCCCGCGCCGCGCAGCGCGCGUCCAGCCGACCCUGUCCGAGCCCUUUCAUCUAGCGACUGUGAUGAGAUUAACAUCGUGACUAAUGAACAUUGAACAAGUGGGCUAGAGCUGCUGGGAUUCCUUUCCUCCAUCUCCCUCCCUUCUGCAGCAGUAAAGGCAGAGAAAGGAGAAGUUAUGUCAAAUGAGUUGCAUGGUGCCAAAAAAUAAUUGCAGCAUGUUAUCCUGGUGUUUUGGGUUAUGAUUUAUUUGUAUGUGAUAGCUUUGAGUUAGAACAGCUCUACAUCAUGAUUAAAAAAUGUUCUAAUGUAAUGUCAGGAUAUGCACUGUGAUUUAUUUAUUUAUUUUAUGCCUGUUUGUGACUCUGGUCACUUACAAAUAGGCUCUCUAAUUUUUUUCCAGGUUUGGUGUAGUUUUUUGAGGAAGUUUCAAUUGCUACAUGUGUAAUGUUUGUUACCUGAUGUUGUUUGAACAACCACUUAUACCACCCUAAAGAGACUGGAAGGACAAUGCUUCUGUGUAAUGAAGCAGUUUUGAUGGUGAUCAUACUACUAUUAUAUGGAAGACAAUUUUAAAGAUUAUGAAAACACUUUUUAACAUUAAAAAUGGGCUAAACAUUAAGACCUUUACUUUGGACCAGAGAGUAUCAAGGUCUCCCUUGCAAUUAUGGAGAUUUAGAAGAAUUAGACGGUGUGGAGGGGGAGCCCCCCUCCCCACUCUUUUGAUUCUUGGAAUUUUCUAUGGACAAUAACAAGAUUUUUGUUGUAUAAUAUGGAGAAAUAAGACUUUAAAAUAUAAAUUUAUAUUUAUAAAUAUUUGUAUUUUUUGAUUAAGUGCCAAACAUAAGUGCAUGAAGAUUCUCAUGGCUGCUGUAUGAAACUGAAUUUAAGUACUAGGAAUCAUGAAUUUUCUCCAGCACUGUAUUGUGUUGUAAAAAGGGAGUGCCUUAGCAUUCUUACUGGCUGCUCCUCUUAAUGAGGGAGCCGUUUCAGAAAGGUGAGAAUGAAUUCUAUCCUGCCUGACUGCACUCUGAAGUGUCAUUCCCUGCAGCAUGCUUUGGAUAUUAUUUCUGUAGUUACCAGAGGAAGUGAAGGCCAGAUCAAGGCCUUUCUUUCUUCUUACUGCUACAAUGCAGCAACUCUAAAGGAUACCUUUGGCAGGAAUGUCCUCCAUCUUGCUUCAUCCUGUGGUAAGAAAGGCGUGCUAGAUUGGCUGGCAGACACCAAAGGAGUGGAUUUAUUGGCAAAAGACAAGGAGUCUGGAUGGACAGCUUUGCACAGAGGCAUCUUUUAUGGACACAUCGACUGUGUUUGGUCAUUGCUGAAGCAUGGGGUUAGUUUAUACAUGCAAGAUAAAGAAGGCUUAUCUGCCUUGGACCUUGUGAUGAAGGACAGACCAGCCUAUGUAGUAUUCAAGAAAACGGAUCCCACAGAUGUCUACACUUGGGGAAACAACAUAAAUUUUACCUUGGGUCAUGGUGGUCAACAGAGCAAACAUCAUCCUGAAUUGGUGGAUCUGUUUCCUAGAAAUGGAGUCUACAUCAAACAGGUGGUGCUUUGUAAAUUUCAUUCGGUGUUCCUUUCCCAGAAAGGACAGAUUUACACUUGUGGACAUGGUCAAGGAGGACGCUUGGGUCAUGGUGAUGAACAAACAUGCCUGGUUCCAAGACUUGUGGAAGGUCUAAUUGGCCAUCAGUGUUCCCAGGUAGCAGCAGCUAAGGAUCAUACUGUUGUUUUAACAGAAGAUGGAUAUGUUUACACCUUUGGCCUAAAUACUUACCAUCAAUUGGGUAUUCUUCCUCCUCCUACUAAUUGCAGUGUUCCCAGACAGGUUCAGGCAAAAAAUCUGAAAGGUAGAAUGGUGAUUGGAGUGGCUGCAGGCAGAUUCCAUACAGUGCUAUGGACUAGAGAAGCUAUAUAUACCAUGGGACUGAAUGGUGGCCAGCUAGGAUAUAUGCUGGAUCCUAAUGGAGAGAAGUGUGUAACUGCUCCUCGCCAAGUCUCUGCUUUGCAUCAUAAGGACAUCAUUUUGUCCUUAGUCGCUGCAAGUGAUGGCGCUACAGUAUGUGUUACUGAAAGAGGGGAUAUUUACUUGCUCACAGACUAUCAGUGCAAGAAGAUGGCUUCCAAACAGCUGAACCUAAAAAAGGUUCUUGUUAAUGGGGGAUAUUUGGAAUACAAGAUGGAUCCUCAACAUCUCAAAGAAAAUGGGGGUCAAAAGACUUGCAUUCUUGCCCUGGAUGAAGCUGGACGAGUGUUUUGCUGGAAGUCAUCCAACAGUCCUAUGAAGCAGUGUCGAUGGGUCUAUGGCCGCCAAGUCUUCAUGUCUGACGUUGCUUUAAAUAGGAAUGAAAUAAUGUUUGUCACGCAGGAUGGUGACGCCUUUACAGGAAAGUGGGUAGAAGGAGGGAAAAAAACUUCCGAAAAGAAAGAGGUUGUAUCAAGUCUUCAGAAUUCCUCAUAUGAUGUGUCUUGUCACUAUGAUACAAACAGUGUAUUUGAAAGAAUUCGACUUGAGAAGCUUGCUUUUGUCCACAGAGCUGUUAGUGUUACCACAGAUCCUAAUGGAUGUAACUUUGCUGUUUUACAGUCAGAUCCUAAAACAAGCCUAUAUGAAAUUCCAAGUGUGUCAUCAUCCAGUUUUGUUGAGGAUUUUGGCAAAUUGUUAGGGGAAACAGAUGAAAUGGACAACAUCCAUGAUGUGACUUUUCAGAUCGGCACUAGGAUGAUCCCUGCGCACAAGUACAUCUUGGCCAUGCGUUCUGACUUCUUCAGGAAGCUGUUCAUUUCAGAUGACAAUCGACUAGAUUCUCCAGAUGUCUAUCGUAAAGAUGAAGAUGCUGUAGGAUGUGAUCUCUUUAUGAUAGAGAAGGUUCAUCAAGAUUUGUUUACAUACCUUCUGCAGUUCAUAUACAUGGACACUUGUGAUCUUUUGACUCACGGUUACAAACCAAGAAUGUUGUAUAAGGAAAAAACAGAAGAAUAUCAAGAUACCUUAAUUUCUAACCUUAAUAAAAUGAGUUUCAGUGGAGAUGUUAAUGGAAAGCCUGCAUUUGAAGUUUACAGAAGUAAUCAAGUGCAUGUAGUAAAUCAAAGAGAGAAGAACAAACCCAAGUCUUCUAAAAAAGGCAAAGUUGUUGGUGAAGAAGUCAACCCCAUAAAAAUGUUGCAAGGUGCUGCAAAGAAAUUUGGUCUCAGUAAUUUAAGCAUAAGAUUGGAUGGAGUUAAACUAGAAAAUGGAAAAAUUAAUGUUGUCAACAGGAAAAAUGGAACCAAACCAAAGUUAAACCCCCAAAAAUGUUCGGACCUCUGUGAUGUGACCAUGAAAUCUAUAGAUGGAAAGGAAUUCCCUUGUCACAAAUGUGUACUCUGUGCAAGACUUGACUACUUUCAUAGGAUGUUAAGCAGUUCUUGGAUUGAGUCAUCCUGUUGUGCAGCUCUGGAAAUGCCAAUCCAUUCUGACAUACUGCAGGUUAUCCUGGAUUACAUCUAUACAGAUGAAGCUCCUGCAAUAAAAGACUCUCAAAAUGUGGAAUUUAUUUGUAAUGUUCUGGUGGUAGCAGACCAACUUCUUGUAUCUCGACUGAAAGAAAUGUGUGAAGUAGCCAUUACUGAAAAACUCACUUUAAAGAAUGCUACUGAGCUGCUGGAGUUUUCAGCAACAUACAGUGCUGAACAGUUAAAACUGUCCUGCUUGCAGUUCAUAGGACUAAAUAUGGCAGCCUUGCUUGAAGCGAGGACUCUAGAUGUCUUAAGUGAUGAAGUUUUGAGGGACCUUUCUGUGUCUUACAGAAAAAUGAUUCCAGCUAUGGUCAGGAGAGUGAUUACUCCAUAUCAAGAUGGACCUGACAUUAGCUCUUUGGAGCCUGAUGACAGAGAAAACUUUGUCUUUUUGAAAGAAGAAAUGAAUACAGAACUAACAUCUCAGGAAGCUCUUCUCAAAAAGGCAAAAAUGAAGGCUAAAAAGAAGCCACGAAGACGAUCAGACAGCUCUGGAGGAUAUAAUCUUUCGGAUAUUAUUCAGAGUCCACCCUCCACAGGCUUAAUAAAAUUGGAUAAGGCUAACUCUGUGGAGUCGCUUCCAGAAUUGCUGACAUCCGAUUCUGAAGGUAGUUAUGCAGGAGUGAGUAGUCCCAGAGACUUACAAUCCCCUGACUUCACAACAGGAUUUCAAGCAGAUAAAACUGAGAUGAAAGACAAAAUGUAUGUUCAGAGUAUAAAAGCCCCACAUUCUAAUAAAGAGAUGAAAUUAUGUGAGGGAUCAUCAGCUCUGAAACAGUCUGUUCCACAGUCUAUUCCCAGUGUUAAAAACAACUCUGCAAGCUCUCCAAGUUGGGUUGCUACUUCUUUCAGCCCUGCCAGCCCUCCUGCUGUGGAUCUAAGAACCAUCAUGGAACUUGAAGAAAAUAUGCAGAAGUGUGGAACUAUGCCAAAGACAAAUGCAGGUAAACCUGCUUCUCAUGGAAUCAGGCUUUCUCAGAAGCAAAGAAAAAUGAUUGCCAUGGCGGCUAAGGAUAACGGCUCAGUUACAAACAGCCUGGAAACUACUUCCAUUACAGCCACGCCACCCACACCUACGAAAGUUACAAAACCAGGGAGCGCAUGGGCAUCUUCAUUACAUUCAGCUUUGCCAAAGUCAUUCCGUGAUCUUGUACUGGAAGAAGAAAAAUCUGUCAGUGCAGGUCAUUCUCCGGGCAUCAUUGUCAAAAAAGUUUCUUUUAAAGAAAUUGAGGAUCCACAAGCUCAAAAGGCCGUAAGAUGCACAAUCAGAGAAGAAGAUCGUGUUUCUGAUUUACCACAACUGGAGAGUCAUAAUCCAUGGUUAGUGACAUCCUUGACUAGCUCUACUGCAAUAGCACCUAUCACGUUUGCAGCUAUUAUAGAGGAAGAGCUCCAGCAAGAAGCAGCUCUUAUCAGGAGCAGAGAGAAACCUUUGGCUUUGAUCCAGAUUGAGGAGCGUGCUAUUCAGGAUUUGCUAAUCCACUACGAAGCUUUUGACAACCCUGAUGAGUUUGUUGUCGUUGAAAGGGCUCCACAGGGACCUAUUGCAACACCUUUGUGGAACAAGCACUGAAGCUAAUCCAUCAUGAAUUUCAUGAAGAUGUGUCUACUUCAGAGUUUUUGACUUUUAUUACAGGUAGAAUUGGAGUGCGGGAGCAGUCUUGUAAAUGUAGUAUCAGUGUUUAAAAUGCUGCACAUAAUCUGCAUGCAUCUGAUUAUAGUGGGGAGAGAAUGCAGACUAUAAUUUGUUAGUGUCCAUUAUUCACACCAUAUGAUGUAUGUAUGUUUUGACAACAAACUUUUUACCAUACCCUGUGUUAAUAACAUUCUAUAUAAAAUUGUAGAUUGAAAAUACAUUUGCUUAUAUUGAGGUUUAGUCCAUGUUAGGACAGUAAGGGUUUUUGUUAAAUUCACAGGUGGUGGGGAAAAAGUAGGCCCUAAUUUUGUGAUUAUUGUAAAACUGAUGGUGCAAAAUUAUGCAUCUUUUAAAUGUGGGUGUUUUAAUCAGGAUUGACAUGACAGAUUAGAAAUAUCCCAAAUGUAUCUUUGCUUAAAUUUAGUCUAAAAAUACCAUUUGAAAAUGCAGUUUUUCAUAACCUCUGAUGUGUGUGUAUGAGUACUGGUUCUCUCGGCUAUGGUGGCUAGUACUUUUGACUGUUAGUCUUCAUGGUGAGCCUCUGUGCUGGACUUGAUGUGCUCUGCUACUACCUGCUUCCAGUUCAGUUGUGUGUGUUUUUACACUGUUGUUAGAUUGACAUUUUGAGCCGCCCAAGCUCUGUUAUGGCUUAAAACAAACACAGUUCAGUGGGAUGUGGUAUCACUAGUUGGAUCAUCCAUGGUGUAUUCUGGUAAAUUGGUACAAUUUUAGAACCACUGUAUUAAAGUGCUGAGGAAAUGCAAAACCUGUAUGUUAAAUAUUAGAGCUAAAAGGACGAAUGCUUAACUGUGGAUUUUGAGAAUGCCUAACCUGCAAAGAUUUCAUGGCUGGCUUUUCAGUAUUGUGUAUUCAAAAAGUUCUUUGUGCCUGGUUUCUCUGAACAGAUUUAUAAAAAUUGUUUAAUAGCCUUAUGUACAAUAUGCUGUCUUGUUGGGUUGUGUUGUGUUUGGGUAGUUAAAUGUGGACUUACCAGUUUCAGUAAUCUCAGCGUUUACAGAUCCUGGGCAAACUGGAGAGGAUCAAGCUUAGAGAAGGUAUACCCAGAUGGAUAUACAAAGCAAUCACUAUGUGAUAAAUUGAGUCUUGGAAAAGAAUGUAGCUGCAUCUAAUGGCUUCAGGUGAGCUACAUUUAAAAAAGAAACCCCGUGUAAACAAAUUCAAUAAACAUUAAAAUCUUGAUUCACACAAAUUUGUGUACUUAAAUUUUUGUGUGCCAUUGUAUAAAAAUUGACUUUUGUGGCAAUUGGAGUAUUCUAAAAGUAUUUUCAUUUUAUGUGGCGCAUGAACAGUGUGCUUAAUACAAGAUAAAAUGUCAAGUAAACCCCUACAAGGGGGAGAGGAUUGCUGUGGAAGUGAAAUUUAAAAAGCGUAAUCUGAAGACAGAAAUUCUUCAAAAACAUGUGAAAUCCUUUAUUUAUAGAUAUGAUUAAAGAGUUGUGACUGAUAGGAUAGACAAAAGCUAAAAUGCCAAAUUGUCCUGAUACAAGUAUAAUGCCAUUAGUCUGCAAUAUGUUAAUUUUCAUGUACUAAUAUAGGACUUUAUUCUGUUUUCCUGAUUGAGGUUCAUGUCACCAAAAGCUUGCAUUUAAAUAUUUAAGAAAGGUAUUUUAAAAGGCCAGUCUUAUUUUAUCAAACAAUUUUGUAUAUGAAUGUUUUAAUUUCUUGAACUAAACGAUACAUCAGCAUCAACUCAGUGAAAUAAAUUUGAGAUUAUCAAUUCAAUCCUUUUUUUAAAAGCAUCUCUUAGGAAAUACAUGCAUGAGUUUUCUCUUUAGAGAAUUUUACCUCAAUAAUCUUUAAAAUUAGCACCUUCUCUUUAACAAUACUUUCUUUGGUUGUAAUGAAUAAUAUAUUACUGCCCAAGGAAGUAUUAAGAAAUAGUUAUAUUAAUGACAAACAAAUUAGUAGCAUACACUUAUAAAACUUAUUUAGAAUGACAAAUCCCAAGCCAUGUUAAAAUGUAUGUUAACUAAAUACAUGUACAUAUUUUCAUUCUUCCAGCAAUAAUUAGGAAACAAUUAAACUACCCCAUGGGAAAACUAUCUGAAUGUUAUGAACUUGUUAACUGAUAGUUACCAAAACUGAUAGUAAUUACCAGUUGCUAUUAAAAUUGGAGUUACUCUAAGCUGGGAGAACACAAUUUGAGAAUAUAAUUAACAUAUUACAUACAAAAACCUUCAUGAAAAGGACAUUAUUUAGGUUGCAAAGUUAAGCACUUGAAAGUUAGGAAAUGUCAGAUUUACAAUUGCCUGUUUCAGAGUACCAGCCGUGUUAGUCUGUAUUCGCAAAAAGAAAAGGAGUACUUGUGGCACCUUAGAGACUAACCAAUUUAUUUGAGCAUAAGCUUUCGUGAGCUACAGCUCACUUCAUCGGAUGCAUACUGUGGAAAGUGUAGAUCUUUUUAUACACACAAAGCAUGAAAAAAUACCUUCCCCCCCACCCCACUCUCCUGCUGGUAAUAGCUUAUCUAAAGUGAUCACUCUCCUUACAAUGUGUAUGAUAAUCAAGGUGGGCCAUUUCCAGCACAAAUCCAGGGUUUAACAAGAACAUCGGGGGGGGGGGGGGUAGAAAAAAACAAGGGGAAAUAGGUUUUACCUUGCAUAAUGACUUAGCCACUCCCAGUCUCUAUUCAAGCCUAAGUUAAUUGUAUCCAAUUUGCAAAUGAAUUCCAAUUCAACAGUUUCUCGCUGGAGUCUGGAUUUGAAUUUUUUUUGUUGUAAUAUCGCAACUUUCAUGUCUGUGAUUGCGUGACCAGAGAGAUUGAAGUGUUCUCCGACUGGUUUAUGAAUGCUAUAAUUCUUGACAUCUGAUUUGUGUCCAUUUAUUCUUUUACGUAGAGACUGUGUAACCUGAAUUUGGCCCCUUUGUGCAUCCAACCUCUGAACUUAAUGAGGCCAGGUUCUUCCGGGGAAAAAAAAGCAUGUGAUGACGUAAUUAAAGAUCAUAAUGCACAGGCACAAGGGUGCUAAAUUAUGGUUGCACAAGCAACUGUAACUCUGGCAUUUCCUAACUUUCAGAUGCCUCAUAUCGCAAGAGAAGUUGUGACAUGCAGAAGAUCAAAAAUCAAGCCGGUUGUAGAGCUGGGUGUAGAACCCAGACUUACCGACUCCUAGUUAUGACCAUGCUCCCUUCUGCCAAUUAUUUAAAACCCAAUCAGAGCAUUCUGUGAAUACAUGGCACCUAUUCAAAACCAUCAAAAACUUCAAGGCAAGAGUUUCCAUUUUAGCACUCUGUGUCAAGAUUCCCAUGUAGCUAAUUUUAAUAACUUGAAAAUUAAUUCUCAAAACCCUGUUAGACAAAGACAAAUCCUCUAUAUGUAUUGUCUAUACAGUAUACUAGCACUUAAUUCCAAUUCUUAUCUAGCUAUAGCAGGAAGGAAUAGAUUUACAUCAGGGCUUUUCAAACUUCACUGCACCACGACCACCUUCUGACAACAAAAAUUACUACAGGAGGGAUCAAAGCCUGAGCCCAUCCAAGCCCCACCGCUGGGCAGGGGGGGGGGGCAAAGCCCAAGGACUUCAUAGAAUCAUAGAAUAUCAGUAUCAUCCGCAAAUUUGCUGAGAAUGCAAUCCACACCAUCCUCCAGAUCAUUUAUGAAGAUAUUGAACAAAACCGGCCCCAGGACCGACCCUUGGGGCACUCCACUUGAUACCGGCUGCCAACUAGACAUUCCCAGGCAGGGGGCCUGUACCCUCAGCCCUGCCACCCAGGGCUGAAGCCCUUGGGUUUGGGCUUGAGCCCUGGGCAGUGGGGUCGAGCUUCAGCCCCAGACCCCAGCAAGUCUAACUCCAGCCCUGGUGACCCCAUUAAAAUGGAGUCACAACCCACUUUGGGAUCCCGAUCCAUAGUUUGAGAACCGCUGAUUUAGAUUAAACUGUUGCAAGCAAAGCUGCGGCAGUUCUGUCCUUUUCAGUGGCUCAACACUCUGUAAAAAAUGCCUGCACUGUGAACUGUUAAGGGAGCCACUGCAUCUGUUCAUAAACAACUAUGCCUUGUUUGAAUUUGUGGUGUGUUUCCUGUAAAGAUAAGCAUAAAAAUCCUACCUUUAUGAAGAAAUGAAAUGCAAAAUCUAAUUAUGAUCAGUUCUAGUAACUUUUUAUAAUAACCUGCCUUAGUACAGCCAGGAACUUUGUAAUUAUCUUUAUUACCUAUUAUGUUUUGGUAAAAUAGUUAUUUAUCAAAAAUUUGUCUAGUUCCUGGGUUAAAUUUCCAGGACUUAAUGUAAAUUGGUAUCUACAAAAGGCAGCGCCUCACUGUUUACAGUGAAAUGAACAUAUGGCAUCUUGGUGUGUAAUUUCAAAACUCCUCACAUUAUGGCUUGUUGGCAUAAGAAUUGGGAAGUUAAUAAAAGGCUUUUGAUUCAAUAUAUGCAAAUAUCCAGUUGCUGGGUGGGAUGAGUGUUUUGAGAAGGAUUAGCCGAAGUACUUUAUUGAUUUGUCUUCUCAUUCAUUAUCUCAAACUUCAAAGCCACUUGCCCCCCCUCCAAAAAAAGGGAGGGGGGAGGGGCUGAUUUGAAAACAAUACUUUCACUUCUAAUGGAGACAAUAUUAUGUUUAAACAAUUUUAAUUUGUCUCUUUUUAUACUGCUGCAGUAACUCCAGGCUAUUGAAGUUUCCGGCACUUGAUACCAUACAGCAUUGUGCUAUAAGUCACCUGCUCUAAGGCAUUUCAGAAAUAUGGCUAAUCUGUUACUUUGCAACACAGGAUAGAUUAGUUAGAGAGGAGACCAAAUGAGUGAUUUCAAUCAGUUAGUAUAGCUGUAAUUGCUGUAGUCUACAAGUAACCUUCAUUGUUUAUGAGCAGACUCCAUAUGGAGCAUGCAGGAGAAAAUCUUAUAAUACAUACUGUUGCUUUAAUUUCACAGGAGGGAGACUACUGACCACAUAUGCUCAUUUAACUUGUUGUAGGAACCUCUUGAUGGCAGUAACCACUGUUGUACUACUUUAACUAUACAUCUGUAGUUAACGCAGUAUAACCCCUUUACUGUAGAUGUACUUAUACUGGGAUAAAGUGCUUAUACUGGUACAGUUUAUUCCCAUAGGGGAAGGGCAAUAAGAUUUAUGGGGUAAACAUGUACUCUGGCAUCACUGCAUCCACAUUAGGGUUUGUACCAAUAUAACUAUUUCAGUGAAGAAUCAGACCCCAAACCAAAAUAGUUGCACCAUUACAAAAACCAUGUGAUGACUAGGCCUUACGGUAAGUUCAAAACACAAGGGGUGAAGUCCUGGCUCCUCUGAAGUCAAUGGUAAAACUCCAACCGACUUCAGUAUGGCCUGGAUUUCACCAAUAAAUCUUAUUUUGUCUCCUGAGAUGUGCUAACAGAUUAAGAAAAUCUAUUGUCAGUCUUUUUCUUUUCUGGAAGUGGAGGCCUCAGUAACAGUGAAUAGUGAAUAACACAAGCAUAGUUACAGGUUUCAGAGUAGCAGCCGUGUUAGUGUGUAUUCGCAAAAAGAAAAGGAGGACUUGUGGCACCUUAGAGACUAACAAAUUUAUUUGAGCAUAAGCUUUCGUGAGCUACAGCUCACUUCAUCGGAUGCAUGAAGCAUAGUUGUUAGUAGUUCCUUAGUCUUUAACGUGGAGGCAGUGGUGAGGUUGGGAAAUAGCUCUCUAGAGACAAAAGUGGGGUACUGUAUUUUUUUUUUCUUUCAGUUCUUAAUGAAUAGUUUACUUUUUCCUAAAUAUUUUUUAUGUUGUUCAUUGAAUUACUGUAGGAAAACUGAUGGAAGGAAUUUUGCUUACCUAGAUAAGUUUGUUACCACAAUCACUGUUUGAAUCUGAAUCUUUCACACAGCAUCUUUUUGCAAUUAAAAACCUUAGUUUAUAGAUGUAUUAAAAUUUCCCUAUAUAGCAAUGAGUCUUGUAUGUUAAGCAAUCCAAUAAUUAAAACCAUGCUUGAACACUUAAGCCAUUCCAUUGUUCUUGAGUGACUCGGGCAGCCACAAAGUAAAGGUGGUGCAAUGUCUUCACAUUGCAUUUGGAUGUUGCUGCUGAUAUUGCGACAGAUAUCAAAUGAUUUUAUUUCUGACUCCAACGACUACAGUAGAUUGCAUUUUUAAAAGUUUUUUGCCAAUAGUUUCAGCAAAGUAGUAUUAAUAGAUUCUAAGGCCAGUAGAGAUCGUGAUGAUCAUCCAGUUUUACUUCCUGCAUAACACAGACCAUAGAAUUUCAUCAAGUGCUUCUGACUCUAAACACUCAGCACUGAAGAAGUUGAUACUGCCCUCUUCUGCUGUUGCCUCCCAGAACUGAAAGUGUUGGUACAGCAAGAGUCAGAAAAUCCCAUAUGUUCUUCGGUACUAUAAGCUUUAAUAUCCGGGACUCAUCAAAUAUCUGCACAAAUGCAGCUGAUGCCACAGGAUUUCAUAUGCUCCAGAGAUCUGUUUGUUUCUGAGGAACUAGAGUCUCCUGGGUUGAGCUCAAGACUCCCAGUACUGCAGCCUAACUUAUCCCUGGACCUCACUUUUCACUACUACUGCCUGCCUCCCUGGUGUAUCAAUAUGCACUGACAGAUGGAUAAUUCCUCUUCCUCAUAUUCCGAUAAAGGAGCAGACAAAGGAAGAGAGUUUUUCAGACUCUCAGAUCUCAGUACAGGGCUCUGCUGGCUGGCUGACCACCUUUGAUUACCAAGAAACUGCAUAAUCGAAGGAUACUUCCAGGCUUUUUACCACCAUGAUCUGCCAAGUGUCUUCCCUGGUAUGAGCAGUCCUGGCAGCCUCCUCCAUUCCCAUAUUUCAGAACUUGAUGAAAAGAGUGGCAGUCACUCUACAAAUUCCAUUAGAAGAAGUCCAAGAUACCCAGCAUAAAUUGCUUGGUGUACAUGCACCAUUGUCAGCCUUUUCUACAAAUAAGGUGCUAUUAAAACCUGCCAAAAUGAUUGGGCAGACUCCUGCUGCUCCCUUACCCUGACAGCUAAGAGGGCAGAUUAAAAAAUAUUAUGCCCUGGCUAGAGCAUUAGAAGUUUUAUUUUCUCAUCCUCCCCCUCAUUCUGUGAUUGUGGAGGCAGUGAAUUAGCAUAAUAGGUAACACCAUUCAAAGGUAACCCCACACAGUAAGGACCAGAAGUGCUUAGACUUUUUUGGUUGUAAAAGUUUUUCGUCUGCAACCCUGUAAUUCCAGAUUGCUAAUUAUCAGGCAAUUCUGGCAAAAUAUAACCACAUCAAUUAUACCAAGUUUAGGUCUUUCAUUGAGCAUUUACCACAAGGAGCAAUUUCAGGAUAUUUUUGCAGAGGGGCAGAUUUUGAUGAGAACCAUCUUGGAGGCUUCUCUCAGCACAGCUGGUAUGUCAAGUAGCUCCAUCUCAACUGCCAUAGUCAUGUGUAGAUCCUCCUUGCUCCAGUGCUUGGAAUUUUCACAGAAGGUCCAAAGCACAGCAGAGGACCUUAUCUUUGAUGGUUUGAAAUUGUUUAGUGACUCUCUGUUGGAAUACUCAGUUUAUUUAAGAACUGACUGGAAGAGCUCCAUUGCAACUGCUCUGAAAUGGAGAAUACACAUCUGGGAGUAAACCAAGUAGCAACCGUCUCUCCUCUUACUCAGCAGGAAACAAUAGUUUCUAUCUGCCUUGAAAAGUUCUCAAAGAAAUGAGAAAGUAAGGGAAAUGAUCCUAAAAGUUUAAUUUUUGGUGUUCAGUCCUAUGAUUUCUUCCCAUCUUUUUUCAUUUCUUUGAAAAUGUCAAAGAUGAGGGAGGGGGAAAAUUGAAGCAUAAAGGCAAAACAUUUGAGGCUGACUCCUCAACUGGUGUAAAUCAAUUGACUUCAAUUGUAAAUGAAUUAGAGCUAUACCUGUUUUAUAACAGCUGAAGACCUAAUCCAUAGACUCAGUUAAGUGUAAAUUGUAUGGUACAAAUGGGCCUGCCUUCCGUUAGUUAAAAAUCUCUUUUCCAUCCUACUUCUAGAGGAAAGUGUCCAGUGCAUCCUUCAGUCAGUGGUAGGGCUGAAAGAAAACUACUGCGUUUUCCAUAGGAAACUCACUGUUGAGAAAACCCCUGAUAUAGCGUCAUAUGCCUUUAGCCUUAAACAUUAGUUUUCCUGUCUCAUCGCAGCUACAUCUGAUUCAUAGGUCACUGUUUACUUGUGUUAGGAUCACCUACUUUCCAGUAAAAACCCAAGUUAUUUGCUCCUCUUUGUUUUCCUGCAGUUGUGACGAAUCAUCAGCUGCACUAUCUUGCAUUAUGACUCAUUUUUAGGGCUAUUUUUUGUCUAAUUUCAUACUAGUAGCUUUGAUCUGGAGAGCACCGUGCCACAUCUGCUAAAUGUCCUUGAUCACAACCCAACUCUUCCUCAGAGAACUAUGCUUGCCUCACCUGAUGAUAGUGGUUGAAACAAUAAGUGGAGAAAAUGGCACUUACAAAAAAGAUUGAACUAGAGAAGUGUUUUUUUCACACUCAGAGCUUUGAUCCUACACUGUAUUUUGUAUAAGCCUUUAUUGCAAAGAAAAAAAUUACUGCUCCUUUUCCUGUUGUCUGUAUUUUAAGAUGUUUUCCAGAUACAUACUCGCCCACUUGUACAUACUCAGAGGAGGUGAAAUUGAGCUAUAAGACUAUAAACACAACAAAGGGUGCUGAUCGCAUCAUUGGUAACCCUGAGUUUUAUUUGUAACUUUACUAACCGGUUUUGUGUGUGUGUGUGUGUGUGUGUGUGUUCAUAUAGUUUAAAAAGGGUGCAAUACUGUUUGCAAAAUAUUUAUAUUUGUUUCUCUUUAGCUUUCUCUGUUUACAUGGUACAUUUCUGUUUGCCGGAAAAUAAGAAAGCAAAUAAAAUGUUUUUU